CUAUUAUUACAAGUUUUACGAUGGCGGAUGAGUUAACGCAAGAGCAAAUUGAUGAUUUCAAAGAAGCUUUUACUUUGUUUGACAAAAAUGGUGAUGGACAAAUUAGCCUUUCAGAAUUAGGUUCGGUUAUGCGCGCUUUAGGACAGAAUCCCACUGAUAAAGAGUUGGAAGAUAUGAUUUCUUCAGCCGAUCUUGAUGGCAAUAAAACAAUUGACUUCAAUGAAUUUCUUCAGACGAUGGCGAAAAAAAUGAAGAAUUAUGAGGAAGCUGAUGAGCUUCAAGAGGCUUUUAACUGUUUUGAUACGAGGCGUUGUGGCUAUAUAAAUGCUCAAGAUCUUAUGCAAGUCAUGAGCAGAUUAGGCGAAAAAUUAUCAAAAGAAGAAGUGGAUGAGAUGAUAAAAGAAGCUGAUCUAAACGGCGAUGGAAAAGUAGACUUUAAGGAAUUUUGUGAAAUUAUGAAAAAGAAAAAUAGCACUUCUAAAGAUUAA